UGAAUGAUUCCCAAACCCGCAUUUUGUAUGUGUGGGUUUGAAUAUAGCCAAAUGGUGUAAUACUACAGUGACGUACUUGUUUGUUUGCAAAGAUAACUCGACGUUAGAUUUCGAUAUCCACGUCUGAUCUUUUAUCAUUCCAACAUUUUGGUAAGAAAACAACUUCGACUAGGAACCACCGACCUGCACAUAACAGAAUACCUUACGGCAAGUUCAGCAUGACAAAGGAACGAACAACAUUAGUUAUCGAAUGAAUGAAAAGGUGGCGAUGCACAUUAGGUCUAGAGAUGGCGUACUGUAUCGGAAGAUGAUUGCUAACUUGGACGAGACCCUCUACUAGCUUCUGAAAUGGAACGCGUUGCCCCGUCAACGACCUUUGAAUCCCAGGGCUUCAGUCCAACUUAUAAAAGGCAGCGCACAGUAGAGGAUUUCAACAAGUUCUGUACUUUUGUAUUGGCCUAUGCUGGGUAUAUUCCCUACCCCCAAGAGGAAGAGGCCCCCUUGAGGAGCAGCUCCAGUCCGCCCAACAGCACUGGCAGCACGGCGGACAGCGACAGCUGGGAUUCACAGCAACGCCUCAGCGGCACUUUCACCUCUCCCUCUCCCUCCCCCGUCCUCUCCCUGCCUGGUCAGUCCCACCUGUCCAGCAGUGGCCGCAAGAGCUUUGCAGGGUUCAAGCGCGGUGGUGACGCAGAAGCCAGCUGCCGGUACCCCCCAUCACAGCUCCACACACGUCCCAAGUCGGCCGGCCUGCUCCUGGAGGGUCGGAGGAAGACGGACAAGCUGCUGCUGAAGAAGAAAAAGAAGAAGAAGCCGCAGAGCAGGCCGGCCGAGGAGGAGUUGAGGCACCUGAAGCCGGUGUUUAGCUCGCCGUCCGACUUUGUGCUGAGCAGUGGACGGGUCAUCAAAGAGGAGCCGGAGGACUUCCUCAGCAUUCCUCAGCCCGCUGCCUCCUCACACAUGCGCCCUCGUUCACCAGAGCACCACCAUAUGCAAAGUAUCCACGCAGGAGGACACUCUCCCCCUCACGAAGAAGGCUUCAUGUGCAAGCAGGAGUCUGAUUUCGCUCAAGGAUCUCCGUCCUGGAAUGGGAAGCAGAGCCCAGAGCACGAGCACGACUCCCAACCCCAGCUCAGCGAUGGUAAGGCACUGGUGGUGGAGAUGGAGGGCAUGGAGGGAACCAGGACUGUGUUUCGCCAGGGGAAACAGGUGGUCUUCAGGGACCAGGAUGGUUCAGGAGAUGAUGAGGACAUUAUGGUUGAUUCAGAUGAUGACUCGUGGGAUCUGGUGACCUGCUUCUGCAUGAAACCGUUUGCCGGCCGGGCCAUGAUCGAAUGCAACGAGUGCAACACCUGGAUCCACCUGUCCUGUGCCAAAAUCCGCAAGACGAACGUGCCCGAUUCGUACGUCUGUCAGCGGUGCAAAGACACUCAGUUUGACAUCCGGCGCUCCAACCGCUCGCGAGUGGGCCCCAGGAAGCACCUGUUGGACUGACGCACCACUUCUGUCCUGCCCUUUGACACAGACUCCAGUCACACUGUCACCCUGGUUCCUCAGUACUGCUCAAGAGCCCCCACCUAACCCCCCUCUCGUCUUUUACACACACUCAAACCAGUAUGGCAUUUGACCUAUUUUUGGUGGUGUUGAAUCUUCAUAGUACAGUACAGAGCAGGGGUUUACACCACUUCUCCUUUGUUGUAUGUUUUACGUUCUUUGUCUCUCCACUCUUGCACAGUAAUUUGUGAGAUAGACAGAGGGAUAUAAUGUAUGGACUAGUUUAGGGAAAUAUGGAACGGUCAUAAUGAAGAGGGUGUUGGUAGGACAUGGAUCAGGCGUGAUGGUGUGCUGGUAGAGACUUGCACUUUUUUGACGAAAGCUUCCUAUAUGGUUUUGCCAACUUGUGUUGAAAUUUAAAAUGAUAGUUAUUAUAUGAAAGAGAGAACGUUGGAGGUUUCCUGAAAAGGUUUUUUUUUUUUUUGCCCGUUUUCGUGAGUGUUUGGCUGACUUUGUUGCUGUUUUCUGGUGUUGCCGCAGCCCCUUGGAAGCGGUUUAAUUUUCCCCCUCUGUAUUGACAUUCUUUUUGUUUUAAAAGAAAAUGUUAUCCAUUGUUCUUUUUUUGGUUCAGUUUUUUCAAAUAUAUAUAUCUAUAGAUGUUUAAAGCAUAAAGUGGAUUUAUUCAGAUUUUCAUCAACAUUGAGAUGCUUUGCUGUUCUGUGCGUUUGUGUGAAUUAUUUUAUAUGUGCAAGAUGGACAAUUCUUUCCACGUGAUGAGGCGAGGGCCUCAGUAUUGGAAGUAAGAUGUAAUGCCUGCUUGUCUUAAGGACUUAAAUCUUAUUCCAACCUUUUGUUUAGUACACAAAUGUACAGAUGAUGUUGUGUUAUGUACUAUUGCCAGGUUCCUUUGUGCUCCAAUGGAAAAUACAUUUUAAGUAGUUUUUAGAGAAUCAAACUUUAAGACUGUUGAAAUGGUGUCUUCAGACCAAAGCGGAUUGAACUCUGAACUCAUACUGGCUUAUGUGAGGGUGUGAAUUCAUUUCAACCUGCUCUUACUGCCCAUGUUGUCAUGCACACUGUACAUAUUACACUUAAAUGCCAAAGUGACUUAUUUUUACAUGUACCCACUGACAAGGUCUUAUAAAUAUUUUGGUUGAUGUGUCUUUUCAACCAUAUGUUAUUGGACAUAAUUUUAGGGGAGUGAUUUUUAUUUCAUUUUCUUGUCAGAUGCAUAGAGAACACCCACUCUUUUUUAAAGUAUUGAGUUAAACACAGUGUCGAGUUGACAACACUUGUGAACAGUUUGAACACAGAACUGUUGUUUUCCUCUGGCUUCCAGUUGUCGCCCUAAUGGGUCUGUAGUUACGUUGACAUUACAUUGAGUCUUUAUUAUCACGUUAAGGGAGAAAACAGUAAUUCUUAAGACACCAGCCUGUUUUAUACCGAGGUUACAAUUUGCAAACUGGCUUUUGACAUUUGUUUUUUUAAUGUGUCAUUAAAGCUCACAACCUCACAAAGAGCCACCAGUGCUUAAAGAUGCCAGAUACCUCUUCUGUUUCAACCCCAACUUAAGAAAUCAGCAUCAGGUGUGAUAAUGUCUUUGAAGAUGACGGACUACAAUCACACUUUACCGUAAUAGUUAUUCUCAAUGAUUAACUCGAAAUAGAUUUCAAAUGGUGAUGCAAUACCAGAGUGUAAGCUAUAUACAUUUUACUUCCCAUACAUCAGGUUAUAAACACAGUGGUAAAACGUGUUCAGACAUAAGGCUUUUUGUUUUUUGUUGUGUGUUAUAUAUGGUGCUUUAUUCCCGUCCCUGAGCUGUUCUCUGGGGGGUGUUUUUGUCUGGUGUUCCCAGAAUUGGGAAAGGGAUGUGGAAAGGUUGGGAACAUGUCAGUGAUAAAAGCUGUUUCUGUGAAACUCUGUUAAAAAAGCUCAUGUUUUUAAAUGCAGAAAUAAAAGAAAUAUACAGGGGUGCCUCGGCCCCGCUCUGAAUACACAA